AUGCCUAGUUCUCUUGCGAGUAUAAUCGCUCUUACAUUUUUUAUUCCAAUUGCAGUGUCCGUUCAAUUCAACAACUUCAAUGUCACCCGGGAAAUAAGCAUCUCUCCAGCUGCUAGCCCUAGACCAGGGAAGCAAAUUGUGGAUGCAGCAUAUCAAUCGUUCUCAAUUGAGUUUUCGUUCAUGUCAGACUAUGCCGGAAAUGAUACACACCCAAAUCAUUUUUCAAGGCAAGUGAUUCAGAAUUUCUACGAUAUAUCGGGCGCAUAUCCGAUAUUCCGUGUGGGCGGCAGCACCCAAAGCUCUGCGAUAUACUAUCCGAAUCAAACCGAGGCUAUCAUCGACCCAUUUAGUUCUGUCGCCUCUGACCAGCCAUCGCAUACUUUUGUUGGCCCUUCGUGGUUCCAAUCCUUUAGACAAUUUCCUAAUGGCACACAAUAUAUCUAUGGCCUCAAUUUUUUCAAUACAGUAAACGAGACAUAUAACAAUAUUGGAAAUGGCCUUGAUCAAUGUGUACUUGAGGCAAACGCCGCCUACAAGACAAUGGGAAACUCGUUAUAUGCAUUUGAAAUUGGGAAUGAGGUCGAUGGUUGGGGAAAUGGCAAGCACAGAGAAGGGAAUUGGACAGUACAACGCUACGUCAACCAGUGGAACGAAUUUGCGACAGCUAUAAGUCGGAACUUGACUGGCGAGAACGCAGCGAGAUUGUUUCAAGGAUGUGCCUUUGAAGCACCUCGCCAUAUCAACGAGAGAACGGACUGGAAUGUUGAAAAUGCCGAGUUAGAUGGUAUGCAUCCAGACAAGACAAAGACAGUAUCCGACCAUGAGUAUAUGGGCGCUAACUGCCACUACACGGGUGCUGGCCCAACAAUUGAAGACACCCUUUUCGAUCGCACCAACAUGCUCUCUCGCGUAUGGUACCAUGACUAUCUGGGCAAUGCGACAGCGGAAUCAGGUAUCAAAUAUGUCAUUGGUGAGACCAACUCCAUUUCUUGCCAAGGCGCAUUCAAUAUCUCCGAUGUUAUGGCAUCUGCUGUCUGGGCUGUUGACUAUGUUAUGUACCUAUCCUCACUCAAGGUAUCUCGUGUUCAUUUCCACAUGGGAACACGCUAUCGCUACUCACCCUGGCAGCCUAUCGUCUAUAAUGACAGUGCUCCUCAUGUCAAUCCAAUGUACUACGGGAAUCUGUUCAAUGCUGCAGUGUUCGCCGGCGGAAAUAAGCAGACAGAGGUUCUUGUCAACGAAACAAACUUCGGCGCAUAUGCGGUCUACAAGUCCGGAAGCCUUGAUGCUAUUGUGGCGGUCAAUCUUAACAUCUGGAAUUCAACAUUAGAUCCCGUUGCCAGGCCAUACACAGCGCUAGCUCUUCCAGAAAUCUGGAAAGAUGCCAAGGUUUCUAGGCUCACAAGCCCGGGUGUUGAUAUUGCCAGUAAUAUUACAUUUGCCGGUCAAUAUGUUGAUGAGAAUGCGAAAAUUGUUGGACACAAAUCAUACGAUAAGGUGACUGGAGGCAAGGUCCUCGUCGGGGCCGGGGAAGCUAUACUUGUUCAGAGGUGA